GAAACCAGCUUCCCCAGCUUAGCCGCGCCUGGUCCCGGGCUGGCCCCUCUGCUGCCCCCUGAGCGGGCCAUGCCCCCGCGGGAUCUGAGCGAGCCUGAGCCACCGCCCCUCCGGGCCCCGACCCCUCCCCCGCGGCGGAGCAGCGCGCCCCCGGAGCUGGGCAUCAAGUGCGUGCUGGUGGGCGACGGCGCAGUGGGCAAGAGCAGCCUCAUCGUCAGCUACACCUGCAAUGGGUAUCCCGCGCGCUACCGGCCCACGGCGCUGGACACCUUCUCCGUGCAAGUCCUGGUGGACGGAGCCCCGGUGCGCAUUGAGCUCUGGGAUACAGCGGGACAGGAGGACUUUGACCGGCUUCGCUCCCUCUGCUACCCGGAUACCGAUGUCUUUCUGGCCUGCUUCAGCGUGGUGCAGCCCAGUUCCUUCCAAAACAUCACAGAGAAAUGGCUGCCGGAGAUCCGCACUCACAACCCCCAAGCGCCGGUGCUACUGGUGGGCACCCAGGCCGACCUGAGGGACGAUGUCAAUGUACUAAUUCAGCUGGACCAGGGGGGCCGGGAGGGCCCGGUGCCCCAACCUCAGGCUCAGGGUCUGGCCGAGAAGAUCCGGGCCUGCUGCUACCUUGAGUGUUCAGCCUUGACGCAGAAGAACUUGAAGGAGGUAUUUGACUCGGCCAUUCUCAGUGCCAUCGAGCACAAGGCUCGGCUGGAGAAGAAACUGAACGCCAAGGGCGUGCGUACCCUCUCCCGCUGCCGCUGGAAGAAGUUUUUCUGCUUUGUUUGAGCAGCUGUGGCAGCAUAGCCAGCGGUGGACAGGUGGCCAGAGACUUCUGGAACCUGGGGCACUGGGCCUUGGAGGGGGCUGCUGACAGGGCCAGGCCACCCCGUGGGACUCAGUUGCCUUCUGAACACUGUGG